AUGGCUGAUACCGAUUAUAAGUUCGAGGGUUGGAUGGGCCUUGACCCUAAGGCUGGUGACGGAAAAAUGGUGUGGAAGGAAUUCGAGCCCAAGCCUUGGGAAGAAACCGACGUCGAUAUCAAGAUCACACACUCUGGCAUUUGCGGAUCAGAUCUGCACACCCUUAGAAGUGGAUGGGGUCCUACCAUGUACCCUUGCUGCGUUGGUCACGAAAUUGUCGGUAUCGCGGUGCGCGUAGGCUCGAAGGCUGAAGGAAAUAUCAAGGUUGGGGACCGCAUCGGUGUUGGCGCCCAGAAUGACUCUUGUCAGGGUCGGAAAGGUGAUUGCGAGGCAUGCUCCUCUGGUCUCGAACAGUACUGCCCCAAAAACAUGGUGAGUACGUACAAUAGUAUCCAUCUGAAUGGUGGCAAAUCUUAUGGGGGGUAUGCUUUGUACCAUCGUGCGCCCUCGCAUUUUGUUAUCAAGAUCCCCGACGCUAUCCCGUCGGCUAUCGCUGCGCCCAUGCUGUGUGGUGGUAUCACAUCCUACUCACCUUUGCGUCAUAACGGCUGCGGGCCCGGAAAGACUGUUGGUAUCAUUGGUGUGGGCGGACUUGGCCACUUUGGCAUCAUGUUUGCCAAGGCUCUGGGUGCUGAUCGGGUAGUUGCCAUCUCUCGUAAGGCCAACAAGAGGGAAGAUGCUCUCAAGCUUGGAGCGAAUACUUACAUCGCUACCGAUGAUAAUAUAAACUGGGCUAAGAAUAACUCGCGCUCCUUGGACCUAAUUAUCUCAACUGUCUCUUCCUCCAAGAUGCCUAUUGUUGAUUACAUCUCCCUUUUAAAACCAAUGGCUCUUUUGUUCAACUCGGCAUCCCAGAGGACGGUGCUCUCUCCUGAGAUCUGUGAAAUGCUGCAGCUAGCUGCUGAGAAGAAAGUCCAGGCUUGGGUCGAGGAACGUCCAAUGAAGGAAGCCAACCAAGCUAUUGUAGACAUGGAGGCGGGCAAGGCUAGAUACCGUUAUGUGCUUGUAAACAAGCAGUAG